AUGGCUUCCCAAUUCGAGUUUGACGAGUCCAUCAAGGGCGCUCUGCCCGCCGACUUUACCUGGGGCUUUGCCACGGCCGCUGCUCAAGUUGAGGGUGCCUGGAACAAGGAUGGCAAGGGCGAGUCUAUCUGGGACAAAUUUGCGCAUACUCCAGGAAAGGUGAAAGAUGGAAGCACAGGCGACGAUGCUGUGCGCUCCUACGACCUCUACAAGACAGACGUCGCACUCAUGAAGAGAUACGGCGUCAGCGGCUAUCGCUUCUCUCUCUCAUGGUCGCGCAUUAUUCCACUCGGCGGCAAAGACGACCCCGUCAACGAAGACGGCAUCGCAUACUACAACCGCCUGAUUGAUGAGUUACUCGCCAACGGUAUCACCCCGUACGUUACGCUCUUCCAUUGGGACACCCCGCAAGCCCUCGAGGAUCGGUAUGGUGGUAUGUUGGACAAGGAAAAGUACACGCCCGACUUUGUUCGAUACGCUCGCGUCUGCUUCGAGCGCUUUGGCGAUCGAGUCAAAGACUGGAUCACCUACAAUGAGCCCGGUGUCUACACCCUCGCGGGCUACGCCGCCGGAGUGCACGCCCCAGCCCGUUCCAGCUUCCGCGAGCUGAAUGAAGAGGGCGACUCUUCCACCGAGCCCUUCAUCGUCGCGCAUACCGAGCUCAUCUCCCACGCCUACGUGGCCGACAUGUACAAAAAGGAAUUCAAGCCAAAACAAAAGGGCAAGAUCAUGAUCACGUUGCACGGAAACUGGUCUGAGCCCUGGGACGCAUCGGACCCGCUCGACGUCGAGGCCGCGCAGAGGGCCCAGGAAUUCGAGAUUGCGUGGUUCGCCGACCCAUUGUAUAAGACCGGUGACUACCCGGAGUCCAUGCGCGCGCAACUCGGCGACAGACUGCCACGGUUCACGCCCGAGGAGAGCAAGCUUGUGCUAGGUAGCUCCGAAGUCUACGGUAUGAAUUCGUACUCUGCGUUCUACGUCAAGCACCGCGACGGUCCGGCCGACAUCAACGACCACAAGGGCAACAUUGAGCAGUUUGACGAAAACAAGGAGGGUGUGCUGCGCGGGCCGAUGAGCGAUACCUACUGGUUACGCACGACGCCGUGGGGAUGGGCAAAGUUGCUGCGAUGGAUCUGGAAUCGGUACCAUGUACCCAUCUACAUUACGGAAAACGGGACAACGGCGCAAGGCGAGCAUGAUUGGAAACCCAAGGGCCCUAACGAUAUUCUCGAGGACCCAUUCCGCGUUGACUUCUUCAAAAGUUACCUUACAGAGGUGGCAAAGGCUUCGCAAGAAGGUGUUGUUAUCAAGUCCUACUUUGGAUGGACGUUUACGGACAACUGGGAGUGGGCGGCAGGGUUCUCGGACAGGUUCGGAGCGACGUGGAUCGACUACGAGAGUCCUGAAAAGACGCGCUACCCGAAGAGGUCGGCACUUUUCCUUGGGGACUUCUUCAAUCAUCUGAUUAGCAAAGACUGA